GGGAUGGCAGGAGGGAGAGGAUGAUGGGGGAAACUACCCGCUUUUACACUUAAUUUGCUAUUUACAAGGGCGUCGCAGAUGUGUACAGUCCGGUCUCUCUGCCUCUGGGCGUUAUAAAUAGUAAAGGUUAAUUAGUUAGCAGAGAAAUUGGAUCAGGGGCGGGCUGUUAGAAUUUGAUCCACAGACAGGUAACUCAAGCAAUCCCUAUUGUCACAGCAAUCAGACCUAUAUAAAUCCACCUUGACGGACAGCAGUCACCACAUAGCCUUACCUCUCUGCAGGAUCAACCGACCUGGGCUGGAACCACUUCCCACGGAAUAAAAUGUCGCUCUCAUCUAUCCUUUCUGCUGAUGCCAUCGACAGUGCAAUCAAGGACUGCCAAGCUCCAGACUCCUUCAGUCCCAAAAAGUUUUUCCAGCUGUGUGGCCUCACCAAAAAGAGCCCUCAGGAUGUGAAGAAGGUUUUUGGGAUCCUGGACGACGAUGCCAGUGGGUUUAUUGAGGAGGAAGAGCUCAAGUUUUUCCUCCAGAGGUUCUGUGCUGGGGCUCGUGUCCUGACAGACAAAGAGACCAAGGCCUUCUUGAGUGCUGCAGAUGAUGAUAGUGAUGGGCGGAUUGGAGCAGAUGAGUUCCAGGCCAUGGUUUUGUCCUGAACAGCUGGACAUAACUCCAAACACAUCUGGUUCCCCCCUGCUGCAUUUGUCCCACUGCAUUAAGGGCUAUAAUGUUAGUCAGCCACUAUUCACUUAGUCAGUCAAAAGUCGGUCCCUCGUUCCGGCCCACAGGCAUCAACAUGCUUGUCAUGUUUUUAGUAAUCUGUUUUUCUGUUAUAGAAUGACCAUGCAUCUGUGUUGCCCAAAUAAAUGUAUGCUUAACUAAAUCAAUGAGAAAAUAAAGGAAUUACAAACCCAA